AUGGACAAAACAGCCAAACUCAUCGACCUUGAGAAUCUGAAGAGGCGGGCUCAGCAAAAGGUUGCUCUGAAACCCCUGACCUCUGAAGAUAUCAAGGGGUUGUUGAUCAGAUUUUCUGAGCACGUGCUACAGAAGCCGAUGCUUGAAAAGCAAUUCACAGAGGCCCCUACGAUCUAUCAGAUCAAGCUCUUCCUUGAAUACUUUGCGCGCGCCAGAGAUGGCCUCCUGGAAGAUCAAAUCACCGAUACUACAUUGAUCAAUCGCUUCAACAAUCUGAAGCAGCUUGUCCCAGGAGGGCUUGUGUCGACGUGCGCUCGACCAAAGCCGAACGCGCCCAUUCCUGUGGCUUCAGAUAUUGUAAGAUUUCUUUUCGCGAGCGACGAGUACAAGGAGUUCCAUCCCCGUAUACGUGUCCAGAUGGCAUUUACAAUUCAGCUCAUGUCAUGUGUUGGAAGCAUUGAAGGCUUGCUCUACAAGGAUGUAGAUCUCCUCUACUUCAGCGAACCGGAGCCUGGAUGGCGUCUCCACGUCAAGCUGAGAAACCGCAAGGAGCAUCGUGAGUACAAGAAGCACGCAUAUGUGGUUGUUGUGUUCCUUUUGACUGCAACUGACGCUGGGUAA